CUUGACCAUUGCCGGUUUUGUUAUCUUUUGUAUAAUGACAUUGAAAUUCUCAGCCGUGAUCACCUUUCUUUAAUCUUUUGUUUCUUCCAUUUAUAUUGCAUUCAGUUAUUUCAGUAAAUAUGAAGAGUUACGUCCUCCAAUUCAGUGAAUUUUUGUGAAUUGUUGUCUGGAGAACUUGAAAAAUAAUAAAAUUUGUAGCAGUAAGUGCUAAAAGGAACUCAUCAAUUACGGUGAUAUUAGAAAUGGCGACAAAUAACAAAGAACAGUCCAUACAACCUAGACUUUACCAAUCACAAUUGGAAGAGAUUGCCAUAAGAAAGAAUACUAUUAUACAUUUACCUACAGGUUCUGGAAAAACUUUAAUUGCUUGUCGAUUAAUCAAUAGAUUCAGAGAUGGGCUUCAAAAACCUUGGGGAAAAGGCGGAAAGAGGACUUUUUUUCUAGUUAAUACUGUUCCUCUUGUGGAACAACAGAAGUUAGUUAUUACAAAAAUGUGCGAUGUAGAGGGCGUGGGUGCAUACAGCAGCGAAAACAAAGUCGACUAUUGGGACAAAAGCAAAUGGGAUAAAGAAUUAUCAAAACAUCAGGUGAUAGUGAUGACGUCUCAAAUAUUGCUUGAUAUGCUCACACAUGGAUACAUCAGAGUAGAGGAUAUAAACUUAAUAAUAUUCGACGAGUGUCACCAUGCUGUUGUGGACCAUCCAAUGAGGUUGAUAAUGAAGCAUUUUGAGACCUGUUCAGUGACACAACAACCUAGAGUACUCGGAUUAACAGCGACACUUCUUAAUGCGAAUGUGACUAUUCAAAAAGUUACAACCACGUUACAAGAUUUGGAGACAACAUUUCAUGCUACAAUUGCAACGGUUAAUGAACUAGGAGAAGUUUUAAAAUAUUCUACGAAUCCAUUUGAACUACAACAGACUUAUAGAAAUCCAAUGCCAACAGCAGCAUCGCAAGAAGCAGUACGAUUAUUGACAGAAUUGGAAGGUAUUGUAAUGGAUGUGAAAUUGCCAUCAACUGUAGGUAAACAGCUAGUACCAUUGGAAUAUGGACAACAGGACAUCACAACCGAUCCAAAAAAGAUUGUCAAAGCAGUUAAGAAUAUGAUUAUCUCAAUGAUAAAAUUUAUCAACGAAAUGGGAGUUUACGGCGGUGCUAUAAGUAUUCUAGCUUAUGUCAUACUUUUAGAGCGGCUAAAGCGCAAAUCUUUGUCUAAAGAAGAGGAGCUUUUGUACCAAUUCACAAUAACACAGUGUACUCAUGCAAGAGCAAUUUUAUUAAAAUCGAUGGAAAAUGAGAAAGGAUAUGACAAAAUCAUAAAACAUUCAUCCGAAAAAGUGAUACAGUUGUUGAAUAUAUUGAGAGAAUACAACCCUGAAACAUUUAACAAGACUGGAGUUUUAUUAAAAGUCAACAAAUCAAAGAAGUUUUUAUCAGGUAUAAUAUUUACGCAACAAAGAUUUAUGGCGAAGAUUAUUUUUAAUUUAUUGAAAGAUGUCAAGGAAGCAAAUCCUGAGGAAUUCGGGUAUCUGAAGCAUGAUUUUGUUGUCGGUUUUAAUGUGAACCCUUUCAAUAACACCAGAGAGCAGCAUUAUUUAAAGAAAUCUAGUGAAAUAGCCCUAUUGAAAUUCAGUAAACAAGAACUUAAUUGUUUAAUCUCGACAAGCGUUAUAGAAGAAGGCCUGGAUGUGCCGCAAUGUUCAUUAGUAGUGCGGUAUGAUCAACCACUCGAAUACAGAUCCUAUAUACAAAGUAAAGGCCGUGCACGUAGCUGUGAAUCUAGUUAUGUCAUACUAAUCGAUGAAGCGAAUAAAGCUAAAUUUUAUAAUCAGUACAAUAAUUUCCUAAAAAUAGAACAAUACAUUCAGGGUGUAUUGGUAGGUAAAACUGAUGAACGCGCCGCACCAACUGAACAAGACCUACAAGACCUUUAUGACGAGGACGACAUACCGCCUUAUAUCACUGAAUAUGGCAAUCGCCUCUCCGCUGUGUCAGCUAUAAGCCUGCUCAACAGAUACUGCUCGGUGUUGCCACACGAUCAGUUUACAGUCAUAACACCCAUGUGGAUUCAGGAGAAAAAGAUAGUUAAUCAGAACACUGUUUUACGAUCAAUCAUCAUAAUAAUGCCGAUAGAGUGCCCCGUCAAGGAGAAAAUAAUGGGCAGCCCAAUGGCUAAUUUGAAAUCAGCAAAACGAUCGGCUGCAUUGAAUGCAUGUAUACGGUUGCAUCAAGAAGGCGAGUUAGAUCCGUACACGCUGUUACCGCGCUCCUAUGGGGUAGUAGAAUUUGAACAUCCCGAUAUAAAGGGAUGUUUUCUAAAUUGGCCGUGGGACCACGAUGAAGACGAAGGCCAGGAGAAUUUAGCUAAAGCGGGAACUAAAAAAAGAAUGCGCAAACAUUGUAAAGUGUUUCCAACUAGCCUCAAAGGAAUCUCCAAAUUUUAUCAGCAGAAAUUUUACCUGCAUAUUAUAAAAUUAACGAUCUCAUUCCCCGAGCCUCAAGAUUCACGCGAAAGAGCUUUAUACAAGUUAUUACAACGACCGGAGGGUUUUGGCUUCUUAACAUUCAAUCCUUUGCCGAAACUAUGCGACUUCCCCUUAUUUUUGACAGUAGGGGAGGUAGUUACAACUAUUGCAGUAAAUUAUGCAGUUAUAGAAUUGAACAUACAACUUUUAGAAGUGAUUAAACAGUUUCAUUAUUUUAUUUUCAAUCAAGUGUUGGCUAUUGCGAAACAGUUUUUGGUAUAUGAUGGAACAGAAAACUGUAUGUUUGUGGUGCCAAUAAAAGCAGAUAAUGGUUAUGAUAUCGAUUGGGCGGUUAUGCAGCAAUAUAAUGAAAUACCACCAGUCGGCGUGCCUUCCUUUAAGGAGAGAAAAUCUCUAUCUGUGACGAGGGAGAAUUACCAAUAUUGUGUAGUGACACCUUGGUACAGAUCCUCAAUUUUGCCAGACAGAUAUAUAGUGUCCGACGUAUUGGAAUAUAUGACACCACAAUCUCAAUUCGGGACUGAUUCCUACGGCACAUAUGAAGAUUACUACAGGAAUAAAUAUAACUUGGAGAUAUUGGGAAGGAAGGAUCAGCCCCUGCUUGAGGUCCGUCAUAUAACUUCAGGAAUGAACUGCUUAUUGCCAAGAGCGGCUACAAUCAAUGCUUUCACGGAGAGACAACAGAAAGCGAUAUCUGCUGCACAAGGUGACGAUAACUUGAAAGGUUUCAUAGAACAGUUCGUCCCUGAAUACUGUAUCAAAUAUGAGUUCCCAGGCGUUUUGUGGUACAAGGCCAUGAUGUUACCCAGUGUUUUGCAUAGGGUAUCCCUUCUACUUGUCGCCAACGACUUGCGUGCUGAAAUUGCUGAAGCUACAAAAUACGGCCACAAAAGCCUACAUAAUAACGAGAAAUGGUUGCCCAUACAAGUGGAUUUAGAGAUCGCUAUAAACUCUUUACGUUCCCAGACGGAAGCACCUGUACCUAUCAACGCAGUGGACAGAAUAAACAACCCAAAUGGUGAAACAGAAAUUAAAAAAAUUCCCAUGAGUUCAAUGAAGAAGGACUUGUUUGAACUACAGAUAAAAAAAAUAAACCAAGAGUACCCUUGGAAUGAAAAAAUGGAACCAUUAGAUAUUGAACGUAAUCUGUCGACGGUAACGGUGAUGGACAUCGAGUGUUACGAUAAAUUCGUAUGUGCGCCAUUAAAUGAUACUUCCAACACUGAUCCCAUUCUUUCGCCGCAGCGAGCGUCGACCUCUUCUGCUAUUCUGCCACCGCCGCCAAAAUUCAACAAUAAAAUUGUCUUACUGACAAAGACUCCCACCGGGCGGGGUCCAGAGUUGCGAGAUGUUUUGGCGGCUAUUACCACAAUAAAAUCUCAUGACACAUUUAAUUUGGAACGUGCAGAGACACUCGGGGACUCGUUUCUUAAGUUUGCAGCCAGUUUGUAUUUAUUUCACAAGUUCCCAAAACUCAAUGAAGGGCAGCUUACGAAUAUUAAAAGCCGGUUUAUUGGAAAUAGGAAUCUGUAUUACGCAGGCGCACGUGCACAGUUAGGUGGACGUAUGAAAGUGGAACACUUCAGCCCAAGAAGUGAUUUUUUGAUACCAGGCUUCUUUGCACCAAAGAAAAUUCAAGAAAUUAUUGAAAUCCACCAGAUUAGGCCAACGUUUCUCAUCGGCAUGCAAUUCUCGCAAGCCGAGGCACUGAGUGGUUCACUAUCUGAGGAGAGUUGGAACUCUGUUCAAAGUCGUUUCGCCAACUGUGAUGGUGCUGCCGAACCAGAACCACAAGGGGAAGCGCAAAACUCCAUGCAGUGUUAUGUUCGCUCACAGGCUGUGUCCGACAAGUCUGUGGCCGAUUGUGUCGAAGCUAUUGUUGGAACAUACCUACUAAGCGGUGGUAUUCUUGGCGCGGUGAAAGUCCUGGAGUGGUUCAGAGUAAUGCCUCCACAGGACAAUUUCGCGCAAUUUCUGCACAAAAAUAUGCCAACAGUGAUCAGUGAAGGCAAGGCAACUAAGGAAGACGUCAACUUCCUAUUGAAUAAUUGCACCAGUGACAUCGAACGUAUAAUAAAUUAUAAGUUCAAGGAUCCAUCCUAUUUGCUGGAGGCAAUGUCGCACCCAUCAUACAUCCGUAAUCGCUUGACUCGUUCUUACGAACGAUUAGAAUUUCUUGGUGAUGCAAUCCUGGAUUUCUUGAUUACGUCGCACGUGUUCGAAAACUGCCGGCAGCUGAAACCCGGUGAACUGACUGAUUUGAGAUCGGCCCUCGUGAACAACGUUACAUUCGCUUCUUACGUUGUCAAGCAUAAUCUUCACAAAUACUUGUGUUCACAACUGAAUCCAGUUCUUGACAAGGCUAUACUGAAUUUCGUCCAACACCAAGAACAACGAGAUCACCAAAUCAUCGAAGAAGUUUUAUACUUGAUUGAUGAAGAAGAAUCUCAUAUUGCCGAGUAUGUAGAAGUACCUAAGGUGCUAAGUGAUAUAUUCGAGUCCCUUGUGGGAGCCAUAUUCCUGGAUUGUGGAGGCGAUCUUCAGACUGUUUGGUCUGUAAUCUAUCGUAUUAUGUGGAAAGAAAUCGAGAACUUCUCAACUUGCAUACCUCAACAGCCUGUGAAAGUUCUUUACGAGAGGGUACACGCUUGCCCCGUAUUUGGGCAACCCAAAGUCUUGGACAAAGACAAUAGUUUAUCUAAAGUGAUCAUGCCGGUUACAAUAACCAAAAGGGGAGAGCAGUACACCGUUUGCGGUGUAGGCUCUAACAAACAUCAGGCCAAGCGUGCCGCUGCCAAGUUGGCACUAAAAAUACUAGACUUGUAAAUUAUUAGCUGUUCCGGCAACGUUCUUCGUGUUUACCUAUGAACGUUUGGAUAAUUGCAAUUGGAUCUAAAUCAAGACUUCAGUAUGUAAAUGAAAAUAAAGAUUUUUUCUUUGUAUAUUUGAUCAUACCAUAACAAAGAGCACUCACCAAUCAUAGAUAUAAAAAAGGAAAUAUAAAGCGCCAAUAACGUUACCGUCUACCGUCGUAUAAUAAACAGACUAUUUAUAAGGCGCGUUCUAAAUGUAUGUAUUUGACUGAUUUUUUUACAUAAAUAAUGGCCACUUCCAUUUCCGGGCAACAUAUUUUGCUGUGGCCUAUCUUCCAAUUUAAUUACUAUAUAUAGAUAAAAAAAAAUAUUAAACUACUAGUUAUAAGCAUAGAAAAUUUAUUUUUAGUAAAAAAAAAAGCAAAUAAAUAGGCUUACAUGCGAAAUACCAAAUGAGACCACAUGACGAAACUUUUUUUUCGAUUCUUGGAGGUUGUUGGUGCGGGUAAAUAAAAUUGCGGUUCGACGUAGUACAGAGUGGGUCCCUAAAACUUAAGUUGGCACGACUUUCUGGCAAAGGAAGUAGAACUGCCUGCGGAGAAUGGAAAACAAAAUAAAGACAGUUCAAUAUGUGUGGAUGCACAAUACCUUGUAAGAUUGAAAAGCGGCAGCGGCUGACGAGGUCUCCGGAUCUUCAAAGCUUCAGGAUCUCUACACGAAUCGCAGUCACAGCACUGGAUCACUACGUUCUCAGUCAAAAGUUUUAAAUGCGGUAUUAUAAUAACACUUCACAAAAUGUACGGUAUUGAAUCCAUCAUGUGCGGUACCAAAAAAAAGACAUGCGGAUAAUGCAGGAGCUACUUGACAACUUUUUGCGGUAUCAAAAAAGACCGACUGUGUUCACCAGACAUGCUGGUGAUGCGGGCGUUACUAAUCAACUGUGUACACCAGACAUGCUGGUGAUGCGGGAGUUACUAAUCACCUGUCGCGCCACCGCGCGGGCGAACUUUUACAACUUUCAGCAGGAACAAAGGGCCUUUCUUGCCCGUAUGGGUACCAAAGGUAUGUACGGAAAUAGGAAACAAAGGAAGUAGUGUUGAUUGUCGUGUCAAUCCUACAAAAUAUAACGCGAUAAAUUUGUGUGAUCCGAUAGAUGGCGCAACCAGAGGUUGUUCUCAGUUCCUUUGUGUUUUUAUGCAUUUUAUACUUGUUUGUCUUUUAUUUUGUAUAAUCCUUACUAAUAUUAUAAAUGUGAAAGUGAGUUUAUUUAUCUCCUGGCGCCUUAACGGCUUGACCAAACACUAUGAAAUUUGGUAUGCAGAUGCUAUAUGGGACAAAGAAGGGCAUAGGUUAUUCUUUGUUCCGGUCUGAAAACAUAUCUCUAUUGCGCGGACGAAGUCGCGAGUAAAAUGUAGUUAAAGUUAUAUAUAGUAUAUAUAACAGAGGGAGACUUUGUACAAAAGUCGAUUGCUUGGGUACCUCUGUCCCAUUCGUGUUUCAACCGUGAAGCAGUUGUGUUUGCAUGGCUGUGCUUCGGUUUGAAGGGUGGGAUAUGGCGUGAAUUUACUGGGUACAGAUGAAUAACACCUGAGUCCUCAGGAAUGGCAACGCAUCAUCGGGGUAUCAUGGGCGAAACAGUAUACUCUGUUAUGUCCAUGGUACUACUCAUGUCUAUAGACGACGGUUACCACUUUACAUCAGGUGGGGCGUCAGCUUGUUUGCCAUUCUAAGUUGUAUAAAAAAAAAACCUAAUUUCAUGUAAAUUUUUUAUUCAAUAUUAUUAUAGUGAAAGUAACGACGAAGGAUGCAAAUAAUAUUCAUCUUGCAAACAAUUGGUUGAUUUUUUAUCCAAAUAAGUGUGUGUGUGUUUUUUUUUUUACAACACAGGGCAAACGAGCAUGCGGCUCACCUGAUGGUAAGUGACUACCGCCGCCCAUGAUCACCCACAACACCAGCGGCAUUGCAGGUGUGCUGCCGGCCUUUUAAAAAGGAAUAUACUCUUUUCUUGAAGGUUAUGUUGUCGUAUCGGUUCGGAAAUACUGCUGCUGGAAGUUGAUUCCAAAGAAUGGUUGUGCGUGGAAGAAAGUGCCUUGAAAAACGCACGGUGGAAGACCGCCACUCUUCCAGAUGAUUGGGCUGAAACUUUAGUUUGUGGCGGGUUGUACGGUGGUGAAAAUCAGCAGCAGGUAUCAAUCCGAACAAUUCCUCAGAACACUCCCCAUGAUAAAUUCGGUAGAAGAUGCACAGAGAUGCAACAUCUCUGCGCAGUUUCAGUGGGUCAAGUCGGACAGCAAGGCGUUGACUAUCGAUAAUUCGAGCCGCCCGACUUUGAAUGCGGUCUAACGGAAGGAGUUGGUACUGUGGCGCUCCUGCCCACAGGUGAGAACAGUAUUCCAUAUGCGGCCUGACUUGGGCUUUAUAUAAUUUCAGGCGGUGUUCUGGCAUGAAAUAUCGCCUCACCCUACUGAGCACUCCUAACUUUUUGGAAGCUAUCUUAGCCUUCUCCUCCAGAUGACCGCAAAACUGGACGUCGCAAGAUAUAUCAACGCCCAGAAUUCCUAGACUCGACUUUUUAUCAAGGGAAGUGCCCUGAAAGUGAGGAGAUACGACAAACGGCGUCUUUUUUGCGGUAAACGCGCAGACUUGUGUAUUCCCCUUAGUAUGUUAUAACUUCUUGAUGGAACUUAAAUAUAAAAUAACAUACUGAUAUUGAUAGAUACUUGUGCUUUGUUCUACUAGGUUUUUAUUUCAUAUGCAAGCGAACGGUUGAAAUGAUUACAAAAAGUAGUGGAACAAAAUAUAUUUUAUCGUUUAUGAAAGACAGAAAUUAACGCGAUCAUUUAGAUAAAAUAUGAUAAUGUAUUGAUGUAGGCUGUGGUCACUAGUAGACUGAUGUAGCGUCGUCUCUUUCAUAAACCAUGUAACGCAGUUUUUCCCAACCUUUUAGUGCCAUGCCCCACUUGAACAUUUCUAAAAUUUUUAUGCCCCCAUACAUAAUUUUUCCCGACCAAGUUUACUCUAAUUGCCCCGUUGAUAUUUUGGUAAUGUCAAACGACAUUAUACCUAAUAAAUAUUUACAGCAUAUUUUUAAAUUUUUUUUCUUAAAUUUGGCAUCGAUAUCUUUUUUUUAUUGGUGAAAUAAAUCAAGGUGACAUAAUUCAUGUUCAAAAUUAAAAGAAAAAUGGUUAAAAAAAAACAAAUUUCACAGCUAUGGUAGUUUUUCUGCAAUGGACAUUAAAAAGGUAUCCAGACACGAUCAAUUUGAUCGUGUCUGGAUACUAUUACUUUAAUUUAAAGUGAAAUUGUUCUUUUAUAUAGUUUUUGGGGAUUCAACGUUGAACGGAUUCAACCAUUUCGGAAUUUCCACCAUUAUGAAAAGAAGGGUUAAAAAAAUCUACAUAUAUAUAUAUAUAUAUAUAUAUAUAUAUAUAUAUAUAUAUUAUAUAAAUUAAUAUUAUAAAGACGUAUGAUUUUUUCUUUUAUCAUCUUUUUUUGAUCAACUCAAAAAAAUACUUGUCAAAUUCUAUUUUUUUAACUUAUAGGAAGCUAUAUCAGCUAGUUAUAUGAGCUGUAUUUUAUUAAAAAAAAAUUGUCUACCUAUCUAGCCAUGCGAAGCCGGGGCGGGUUGUUAGGAAUCAAAUCAAAUUUGAUUCGUUCAUUCAAUUUUGAUGUUACAAUUCCGUCACAAAAUCGGUUUUUAAAGUAUUAGGUGUUAAGAAUAUAGGAAAUUAAUUUUAAUAUUAUACAUUAAUAGUAGUGGGUAAUAUUAUAUACGAAUUUAUAUACAUAAUUAAUUUUAAAAUUAUUUGCUCUUUUUUUUUAUUUUAAUCAAAUUUUAGUAUUUAUUCAUAUAGUAUUAUGUUAAUUUUAUAUAGAAAUCCUAAGUACAUUAUAAGAAAUUUUGUAUUGUGAAACGAAAUUAUUAUUUUAUUUAAUAAGUCUUUUAUUCGAAGACUGCUAAAUUACUUGUGAUGGGAAUACACAGGGAGUAAGGGACGGGUUAGCAAAAACUGAAACAGUGAAUUUAGACUGUUAUUCUGAACUAAAAACAAGUGGUAAUUCUUUGCGCAAAAUUUCAAAUUUAUUUCUUCUUGUUUUUUUUUCAUUUCAAAUCAUGUAAUCUGUAAUAUUAUGUCAUAGAUUUCAAAUACAUGAUGCGGCGUUAAAACUAAAUAUUAAUGACUGGUGCAUUUCUGGUGGGAAAAUAAUUUGCCAUCUGAUAUUCAGACCAUUUAAAUCGGCUAAUUUCGUUUCGGCCACAGUUUGGCACUGUCCCUUUCACCCUGUAUAUUCUAAAUUGGAUUUAUUUGUAAUUGGUACGUAUGCAUGGACGUACUCGUGGAUUUGUCAUGCUUGUCAAAAAAUAAAAUGUUAUAUUUUUAAA